AUGACUCUUGUGAAUCUCAAGCAGAACCAAGGGGAGUCAUUAACAGAUUUUGUGGCUAGAUUUAAUAUGGAGGCAUUGAGCAUUGAGAAUCUUGAUCAGAGUAUUGCCAUGGUGGCCUUUCAGAAUGCCUUGAGGGCUGGUCCUUUUACUCAGUCACUGGCUAAGCGGCCUCCCCAGACGUUCACGGAGAUCCUAAGCCGAGCCACCAAGUACAUUAAUGUCGAGGAGGUAAUGCGGGCCAAGAGAAUUGAAUACUCGGAUAAGAAAGAGAAGAAAAGUCAAAAUAUGGAGCAGAAGCCGAAAGAUAAACCAGGUCAUCGGGGGGAAAGGUCGGGCCCCCGAUGGAGUCCAGUCAGGUUCACCCUACUUAAUACUCCUCGGGCAGAGAUCCUGGCUAUAAUUGAGAAUAAGGAUUACUUGAAAAAAUCGAGACCUAUGAAGGCCCCGGCUAACAAAAGAAGUAAAGACAAGUAUUGUCGAUUCCAUCGAGAUCAUGGACAUGACAUGGAGGAGUGCCAUCAGCUGAAAGAGGAGAUUCAGGAGCUCAUCAAUCGAGGUUUCCUAAGGAGAUUCGUGGCUUAG